CCUGGAAGAGGGUCCAGGGGAGGGAUGUUUAGGUUCCCAGGUUCUCUCCCAGACGUAGAAACAGGAGUCACCCAAUAAAUGUCUGAAAGAGAACAAGAAGUUUUAAUUUGCAGUUAUUCGCUUUUUUUGUUUCCAAACGUGGAGCUAGAGCUUUUAGAUGGCCAAGCUUACACUUUGUCCAGAAUAAAGAAGGCCUUCUACAUGCGACAGUUAAAUAGGAAUAUUAAAAGAACGAGAGGGAAGGUCCCUUGACCUAUAAAUCCUCCAUCCUUCACAUAUUACCUCUACAUCCUUUCCCCUAAGGAAUUACGUAAUUUAUUAGUUAUUGGACGGGAAUAAAAAGAAACGAUGAGUGGUUCUCUUUUUUUCAGCGGCUUUACCUGGUAAAAACAUAUUAAAUUUGCAAACGCGCGAGGAAGAAACAACGCAGGAAAGAAAAUUUUCAGCCGAAUAAGAGCCAUAACCUGUGCGUCCGUGAAGACGCUCCGACGAAGAGCGAGGUUGCACUGGCCAAUCAAAACAUCGAGAUGGUAAUGAUGUCUUCUUGCCCCGCCCCCAUGCUGACCUAAUUUGGAAAACCAUCAGGGCGUGCUGUUCUCAAUCAGGUCCGCAAAUAUCCUAUUUAAAGGGCUGCGUGCCGGCAGAGGAGUCACUUUUUCGGCAACCAUGUCUGGUCGCGGCAAGGGCGGGAAGGGGCUGGGCAAGGGCGGCGCCAAGCGCCACCGCAAGGUGCUGCGCGACAAUAUCCAGGGCAUCACCAAGCCCGCCAUCCGGCGGCUGGCCCGGCGCGGCGGCGUCAAGCGCAUCUCGGGCCUCAUCUACGAGGAGACCCGCGGGGUGCUCAAGGUGUUCCUGGAGAACGUGAUCCGGGACGCCGUCACCUACACGGAGCACGCCAAGCGCAAGACGGUCACGGCCAUGGACGUGGUCUACGCGCUCAAGCGCCAGGGCCGCACCCUCUACGGCUUCGGGGGCUGAGUGCGCCGCAUCCGCCAUUUUCGUAAACACCAAGGCCCUUUUCAGGGCCGCCCACGAAGUUAUUUAAGGGGCUGUUGUGCUUAGUAUAAAUCGUUACGGUUACGGAGGUUCCUCCGUAUUACGUACAGAAUUUCUGCAUAGUAUGAUAAACGUUAACGCAGGGGUUCGCACAUGAUGGGAUAGCGCCACAGAAAAGUAAUUUUUUGCAAAAUAUUUUAAGAAAGUCCCAUUAUGUAAAGUGAAGUGGCUUCGGGGUAGAAAUGGGGGAGUUCCCACUAACAAUUGGUUUAGAACGCAGGGCCGUAAGUGUCCACGGCACACCAGUAAGUAUGUCGCCGAAGGUACUUUGGGGACAAGGGAUGCUUGGAUGAUACUCCGGUGUCCGCGGGAGGUAAACUUUAGGGGCGGGAAUUUCAGGGCAAUUAUUUUCUGUUGGCUAAAAAGGGUUGAAUAGCUGUCCCUGGAACUGUAGGAAAACCUUUAACUUUUUUUAGCCUGCUGAAUGCCAGGCGCUCGGGAUCGCAGGGCCAAUUGUGGACCGAGUCGAGCAGUGCUCGGGACCUGCCGGCGGCCUGGCGGAGUCGGGUCAGCCCUCUCGUGGGCGUGGCCGCUGCACUCGGGACUUGAGGCCUUGCCAGGCCAGUGAGGCGUUUCCCGGCGCUGCAGCUCCAGCCUGAAAGUAAACUGGCCUCUAUACCCAAGCAAGCAGGGGCUGUGGUUGAUUUCUAUACAACUUUAAACCACUAUGUUUAUUCAUUUCCCAUUGUUGUCAGAGGCCCAAUUAAAUAAAUGAGUUUAGAAGGCUAGGCCCUAGUGAGUUAUCUGUAGUACAAACUUGUAUAUUAAAGAUUAUAUAUGCAAGUCUGCAUAUGCAAGUUUUGUACUGGGCUUUGUUCAAGGUUGCCCCAAACACCCAAGGCCCAAAAUAAGAUCAACACCAUGAAUUUAACAUAGUAAUCUUUAGGAGUGCUAAAUUCCCAAUUAAGUGAAAGCAGAAAAACUAAUUUUGCUUAAAAUGAGAAAUGCUUUAACUUGGACCUUGGAGAACCUAAUAAUAGCUUUUGUGAUUUAGUUCAAUUUGGACCUUAACUUGGCAGCUGCAAUAUUUCCAUAAAGGUUUACUAUUUCUGUUUGUGGAACACAAUUUGGACAAGCCUACACACUCUCUUCAUAAAAUACAUAGAAUUAGGGGCACUUGGGUGACUCAGUGGUUGAAUGUCUGACUUGGGCUCAG